ACACGUUCCAAACAAACCAAUACAACUCUAAGCGAAAAAAGCCGCGAGGCGCAAACGUUUUUGGCUAAUAAAUAAAUAAAUAAUAAAUAAAACCUUCCUAUAUAUAAAUAAUACCUGUAUUUAUAUUGAAGAGUGUGUACAUAACGACAGCAAUAUGGCUCUUGUAAAACCCAAAUCCGAAUUGACACCAGAGGAAUUGGCGCGCCAGGAGGAGGAGGAGUUCAACACUGGACCGCUGUCGGUGCUCACACAGUCGGUGAAAAACAACACACAAGUUUUGAUUAACUGCCGCAACAACAAAAAGCUGUUGGGACGUGUCAAAGCCUUCGACCGCCAUUGCAACAUGGUGCUGGAGAAUGUGAAGGAGAUGUGGACGGAGCUACCACGCACCGGCAAGGGAAAGAAGAAGGUGAAACCUGUCAACAAGGAUCGCUUUAUCUCGAAAAUGUUUCUGCGCGGCGAUUCCGUUAUCCUGGUUCUGCGCAAUCCGCUGGCGACUGCAGCCGGCAAAUAGAAUAGAAUCCCAAAUAAUACAUUCAAAACAAAAUAAAACCAAAUUGUAAGUUUUUAUAAUUCAUGAAAA